AUGGAAUCGAACUUCAACUUCCAGGGCUACUUCCAGGGCGACGACCAAGGCGACUUGCAGGUCGGAUUUCAGGGCGACUUCCAAGGACUCGAACAAGACAUUUGGGGUGGUACUGCUGCCUCGAUGCAGCCCAUGGUCCCUGACGACAAUAUCGAUUGGUCGCAGUGGAUGGACAUGGACGCCAUGGAUGCAGGAGAAGGCAUGGGGAUCAUGAAUGAUUGGGCGGGUGAGAGAAACAGCGAAGGCGACACUGGUUUCAAUUCCGAAGACACCAUCCAAUGCCAUGUUUUAAUCACGGCCAAUGCUUCCGAUCUUUCACUGCCAUUGUCGAGCCAAGUUGGACAGCACACUAUCAAUCACUCCGUUUCUAGCCUGGAACGUCUGAAUCAGCUCAGUGCCUUGGAACAGGUGGAGCCUGAGUCAAUGAGCAAUGUUUGGACCCGCGAGUUCACUGGCUCCCAACCCCUUGCACCUUCUGCGGUAACAUCUUCAGCAAACAUUGUUCCCUCACCACUCAAAGCUAGGGUGCGAUGUUCACGGCCGGAAUGCAAGCGCACUUUUCGACGAAAGUACGAGCUCCAGCGCCACGAGAAAAGUGUUCAUAAUCGCAGCGCUGCCUUUUCCUGCCAUGUGUAUGGAUGCAAUAGGAUCGCUAAGCCACUUCCUCGAAAGGAUCAUUUCCAACUGCACAUGAGAAAGCAUCACAAUGCAAACCUUUUCGUAUGUAUCUUCGAUACUUGCCGCUUUGGUCCGUUGACCCAGCAAGAGCUUCUGGACCACCUCAAUACGGAGCAUAGCCAAAACGGAUGCUGCACAGCAGCUGAGGAAGCUUCGCUGGCUCACUUUCAGUGGAGACAAACACCGCUUAGUGACGGAUUACAUCAUUUUGAGAGCAGCAGUAAUUGCCUUCUUGCCUUUCUGGGCUGCGAACACAGUGUAGUCGAAAGAGAGUUUGGCUUUUGUCAAAACGGCUUCCUUUGUUACGAGGAUCUAAGACACAUGAAAUCUCACGAGUUCAUCGAUCGAUCGAAAGGAUACGAAGCUAUCGAAAAGUUCUUGGAUGUUCGGACUUGGUUUUAUGGCCUUGCAACAUGCCCCAUCUGUCAAUUGCAGUUCCAUAAUUCACACUUCGACCCGGCCUUUUUUCCCCAUCUACGACAGCAUUCCAAGGAAGAACGCAUAUCCAAAGCCACUGACCUGGCUGAAAUCUUCAGACCAUGUCUAUCCAAGAAGGCUGAGUGGAACGACUGUGCCUCGGAUGAAUUUGGUGCCAUGAUAACAGCAGACCUUGAAGAAGCCGGGAUGAUAUCCUCGGCUGAGGAUUGA